AUGAGUCUUUCCCUAGCUGAGCGCCUCGGCAUACCUACGAACCGAGCUAAAGCAGCAGAAGGCCGACAGGUUUCUGGAUCCCGUAAAAGCCCAUAUGAGCGUCCUUCACCGCCACGGGAUACUGAAAGCCAAUGGAAGCAUGACAAGUUUGCAGAAGUAAACGAUAUUGCUGGAGGUGUUCUGGGUGCUCGGCUCUUUACUGGCACUACCCGUUCCGGCUCCUCCGCGACUGGGAAGACUCGCGUUGCGGUCGAUAACGCCAGACUUCUGCGUGCUCUCGGAGAAGCAAAUGCUAGCAAUGGAAACGAAGCUCGUCCCACCGCUACAAAGUCGGGAUCAGGAUUGGAAAUCCGCGGGGCGAGCACUGGCACCACCAUCGAGGUUCGGGAACUGGUGCCUGGUACGACCAGCGCUGACGUCAAGGAAAUAUUCCAGCAACAUGGCGAGAUUCUGAGCCACAAAGAAGUCAAACCACUCCCACAGGGUCAUACUCCGGAUAGCGUAACUGUGCGCCUCAAGUUUGCAACGCAAAAGUCGGCAGAGGCUGUAGUAGCAGCCUAUAACGGACAAAAAGCCGAUGGGCGUGUGCUCUCGGUUAAAAUAUGCGACGCACCAUUGGUGCAAGGAACCGCCACGUUGUUGUCGUUAGGAGGAAAGAUAGAUAAAUCUGUGGACAUCUUGGCCCAGCCAGAGACCGGCAGCAAAAUGUAUUCUGAUGCCUUAGUCAAUGAUCCUGGUGCAAUCGUUCUCACCGCGCCCUCCGGACCUGCCGGGCGUGGUCGUGGUGGUCGUCGCGGUCGCGGACGUGGUCGAGGAGCCCGUGGAAGUGGCAUGGAUGUUGAUUAA